AUGAGCGAAACAGUUGCAAGUCUUCCAUUGUCUACUACGAAUUGGACUCGAGCACCUGCGACAAUUGUCUGCUCUUCACACAUUUGCAAGAUUUGCAAUUGGGGGACAGGAGACCGAUCAGCUCUUCUCCAACACAUGCGCGAGCAUAAUCGAACUCCACCAUUCCCAACAAAAUCAACCGCUUCCGACUCAGGCAGCGUCUGUGCUAGUCCUAAUUCGUCGUCGAACGACGCUUCUAAUGAAGCUUGGAAUACUGUCGACGAAGCCCAGAUGCCCAGCUCUGUCAGUGAAGAGAUAAAUAUUGAAACCACUCAGCCCCAGACCAAAAGUUACCGCCUUACUCCAACUGGUCGAGCGCGAAAGCCUAAAACCGUCGAACUCCAGCCAGCUCCGAACACUCCCUUUCCUCACGCCACAUUCCAUUCUCCUCCCAGCAGCAACACACCCACUGUGUCCUCCUCGUUGAUUCCGUAUAAUUGUGACGCGCCCCUGAUCUCACGAGUCUCAACGCCCGUGCCCUCCGAGACGGAUAGACUCACUGAAGGAGAUCUGCUCGUGCAAGCAUUUUCGAAGCAAUGUUCGCGCGUGCCACUUCUAAGCGGUCCUCCGCGUGACGAGUCACUUCCUUCUCUUCGAGUACAAAUCGUGCGUGAUCCCCACAAAAAAAGGAAGGUACAGCCUACACAUGACGAAAACGAACAACCACUGCCAGAUCAAGAUCAAUUGCAACUCUCCUGUCCUACUGAAAGUUCAGGCAACUACGAUUCUAUUCACUACAAUUGCAGCGAUGAGUCCCUCUACGAAACCAAGCGGGAGAGAGCUUACUACCAGUUAGGAUCAGCAUCAACGCAAACGCCUCUUGCCGUAGAGUCCACCGAUCACAAAGAACUUGGCCCGUCAGAAGACACUCAAAGUCAAGUGUCACUUCCUUUCUCUUCCCUCGACUUUAUUGAAGACGAGCUCGAUCCUUACACUAAAGACUUUAUCCAGAGCUACAGUCAGCACGAUGUUCAGCUGGAAAGUGAAGCCCCUAGCCCAGUUGAGAUGAUCGAUGCAUCUCAAUUUCAACUCCGACCCUCUCAAAGCAGCCCCGUCGACCCUUCGCUAUCUCAUUUUACACAUUUCCAGAGCAACGACCCUGUCGAUCUCCAGCUAGUCGAGUCCUCGCCGUGGGAGGCGCCAACGUCUGAGUCCGAAAACAGCGCUCAGCCCCACGCAAUUCAAGUGGCAGACACAAUGAUGACCCGCAAAAGAGCUCGCAAAUCACCUGAUGCACCGGUGGCGAAAAAACGAAGGACAACCAGAGCAUCUACUCAAAGACAGCAAGUCGCAUCGAAAACAACCACUCAGCGGGGAAAACUCGCAAAGCCCAUCGCAACUUCAACGAUGCUGAGGGGCAACCAAUUGAUCAUUGGAAAACAAACGAUUCCUCUUAAACAGACGAAAGUUACUACAAAAAUCGGACGCAACGCCGGUAAAAUCCAAGUCAACGGCUUUCAAGGCCAGCCAGAAAAGAAAGAGCAGCCUAUUGUUCGGGACAAGUAUGGCCAGCGACUUUGCCUCACGAAAAGAAUGUGA